UUCGAAGGCAAGGUCAAGUCUGUCGCCUUCCAACUUCUGCUCUAAGGCUGUUUUCUACUGCGGUCAUUCGCCAUGCUGGUUCUAUACGAGACGUCUCUGGGCUAUUGUCUUUUUAAGCUCACCGACUCUGCCAAGGUUUCAAGUGCCGAUGUGUGGGAGGACUUCGAGACACCGGAGCGAGCUAACAAACUGCUGAGGCUCAAAUCUCUGCACCGUUUCACAUCCACUGCGACCGCCGUCGAAGAGAUCACCGCCCUUCAAGAAGGGAAGCUUGGGAAGGGCCUGAAGAAAUUCCUUUCGGACGAGGUUGUAGGAAAAGGAAAGGGGAAGAGAUCACUAGUUGUCCUUGACCCAAAACUUGGUCAUUCAAUCAGCAAGAAGCUAGGCAUCAAUGUCAUUGCCCAAGAUAGCACCAUGGAACUCUUCCGUGGUAUCCGCAAGCAGCUUGCAGCCCUUCUUGACGGAUUAGACCCGAAGGAUCUGGCUACUAUGAGCUUGGGCUUGAGUCAUUCACUAUCUCGUUUCAAGUUGAAGUUCUCUCCGGAUAAAGUAGACACCAUGGUCGUACAAGCCAUAGCUCUCCUCGACGACUUGGAUAAAGAGAUUAACAUCUAUGCUAUGCGAGUCAAGGAGUGGUAUGGUUGGCAUUUCCCUGAGCUAUCAAAAAUCAUCGUGGACAAUUUGGCGUACGCCAAGGUCAUAAAGACGAUGGGUUUCCGAACAAACGCGGCAACUACUGACUUCUCUGCCGUCCUUCCUGAGGAUCUUGAGGCGACCAUCAAGGCUGCGGCAGAAAUUUCGAUGGGAACAGAAAUUUCAGACUCUGACAUUGCCCACAUCAACUCUCUCUGUGACCAGGUGAUUGCUAUCACCGCUUACCGGACACAGCUUGCGGAGUAUCUACGGAAUCGCAUGAACGCGAUUGCACCCAAUCUGACUGUUCUUGUCGGUGACCUUGUCGGUGCACGGCUGAUCAGCCAUGCUGGUAGCCUUCUGAAUCUCGCGAAGCAUCCUGCGAGUACCAUCCAAAUUCUUGGGGCGGAGAAAGCCCUGUUCCGUGCAUUAAAAACGAAGCAUGAUACGCCUAAAUACGGGUUGAUCUACCAUGCAUCUCUGAUUGGUCAAGCACCACCAAAACUGAAGGGAAAGAUGGCUCGUAUGGUUGCAACUAAGGCCGCUCUGUCUAUCCGUGUUGAUGCAUUGACGGAAGUGGAGGAUAAGUCCGAGCCGCUAGCGCCGUCAAUAGGUAUCGAGAACCGCGCCAAAUUGGAAGCACGCCUGCGUGCGCUCGAGUCGCAGGGCGACGCUGCUGGUGUGCGUUCAGCGAUGUCGAACAGGAACCAGCAGCGAUUCCAGAUGACUGGGCAAACCAAGACGUACAACACGGCGGCGGAUGCGGUGGAUCUCAUCUCAACGCAGCGAGAGCCACUGGAGUCGGCAGUGGCGGCGGUGUUGGACGUUAACGCGGAGAAGAAGAAGGCGAAGGAAGAGCGGAGGGCGAAGCGGAGGGCGGAGAAGGAGGGGAAGACGGCGGAGAGCGAGGAGGCGCAGGUUAAGGAGAACGGCCAAGCAGCCUCUGUGGAGGCGAACGGUGCGGAGGAGGAGAAAGAGAAGAAGAAGAAGGAGAAGAAGCGGAAAAGGCAUGAGGACGAUGGAGAUGUCACAAUGGAGGACGCAACAACGGACGCAGAUGCUGAGGCGGAGCGCAAGGCAAAGAAGAAGGCUCGCAAAGCAGAAAAGGCCGCCGCGGAGCAAGAGUCUGGCGAGUCCAAGAAGAAGAAGCGGAGAAAGUCGGAAGCAUAAGUCUCCAUAGUAUGCUUUUCUCUGCCGCUCACGUCCAUUAUCUA